AUGGAUAAAACUUGGAUGCAAAAGAAUAGACGAAGCAAAGAAUAUUGGGAUGGUUUGCAAAAAUUCUUAGAUUAUGCAUUCCAGAAUUCAAGUAUAAAUGGGAUGAUAUUAUGUCCAUGUAAAGAAUGUAAGUGUGGUGUAUGUAUUACCAGGGAGAAUGCAGAACUUCAUUUGAAAGUUUAUGGUUUUGUUAAAGGAUACACCCAUUGGGCAGCUCAUGGAGAAUUUGUUUACUCUAGUGCACCAAAACCUACUUCCUAUGAUAUCUCACAUGGGGUACGGGAUGAACUUGAUGACAUGCAUGGUUUGGUUCAUGAUGCAAUGGGAAUUCCUGAACAAGAUUAUACAAGGAUAGAUGGAACUGAAUACAAAAGCCAAUUGCCCAAUGUAGAAGCUGAAAAGUUUUACAAUCUAAUUGAUAAUUCUAACAAAGAGCUUUACUCUGGAUGUAAAAGAUUCUCAAAACUUUCCUUUAUGAUUCGGUUGCUUCACCUCAAAUGCCUUGGUAAACUCAGCAACAAAAUUUUUGAUAUGUUACUUGAUUUGUUGAAAGAAGCCUUUCCAGAUGCAAUGGAUGGUUUGCCUAAGUCUUAUUAUGAAGCUGAAAAGUUAAUGAAGGAAUUAGGACUUGGGUAUGAUAAAUAUGAUGCAUGUCCGAAUGACUGCACUUUGUAUUGGGGGGUAGAUGCAAGAAGAAAGCAUUGUGAAACAUGUAAAGAAUCUAGAUGGGUUAAAUCUGAAAAUGAUCCGACUGGCCAUAUGAGAUGGCAUGCAGAAGGUCGUACUAAGGAUGGUAACAUGAGGCACCCUGCUGAUUCUCCAUCUUGGCAAACAUUUGACUUUUAUCAUCCAGAAUUUUCUCAAGAUUCUCGUAAUGUGAGGGAGAAAAUUUUCAAAGAUAAGAUUUUGAUAAGGCCUAAAAAGCAAGUUCAGAAGGCUAGUUGA